UAGCAUUGGCGAGAGGCUGCCUGCAGCGGCUGCUUCCCGAGACACAGCCUGACGCAUCAGCAAUGCUGGGGCCUCCAGGGAAGAGGAGAUGGAAGCCAUAGGUUUCAGGAUCUGAUUUUUAAUUUGCCUAAUUGGUAUCCCAUUAGAGAGACUUAAAGCCUGGUGGUCAACCAAGGGGAGCUGAGAGACUUUGUGUCUUGCAAGGGCAAGUCCCCACUGAGUCUCAACACUUCGGGUAACUGAUGAGCUGUUAUCUGGUCUCCAGAUAAUCCAUUUUGGGGAUUUAUUCAUUUGAAAUUCAUUAACCUUUUUUUUUUUUUUUGAGUAAACACAAAGCAUCCCAUUUUGAGACAGCUCCUUUUACUUCAGCCAAAGGAUGGAGAACGUGAGAAAUUUGCCAUCCCAUCGGCAAGCAGAGAACUGUUGCCUCCCUGCUGGCGUGUGCUGUGGAUGGGGAGGGAAGAUGAGCUCCCUCCCCCAGUGACCUUCCGAAAAUAGUUGGUGGGAAGUGUAAUUUUCUGAUUCUAGAGGAAUGUAUGUGCUCAAGGUGCUUGUGUAAAUACAGGCCAAGGAUACUGUAAAAUACUGAUGUGUGUACAAAAGGGGUUUACUAGAAAUAUGGAACUUUUAUAUUCUAAAUUAUUUUUGUACAUUUUUAUGUCAGGUACCUUUUGGAUAACAGACUUUGAUGCGAACCGAGCUAAGUUAUUUUUGUACUGCUCUCCAGUGUUUGUGUUUCAAUAAAAUUCCCUUGGUUUCUUGUCGGCUGGUGCAAAUUGUCCCGCUGCCAGGUCACGAGCUUGUCAUUAACAGGUGGACGGGACUCCUUCCCCCAAGAGCCUCCAGUAACGAGCGGGAGAGAACAUCAUGGAAAUGAUUCCUGGAAGAUGGUGUGGCCAGGGGCAGAUGUAAAGGUCACUGCUUUGCAAAGUAAUGGAAUACCGCUGUAUAGUGCAGCCCACAUGGAACGAAUCGGAUCUCGGAGGUCGGUGGUGGAGCACGGUCCAGCCAGCCAGGAAAACAUGACAGCCGCCAGCCGGAGAGGGGUGUCAGCGCCAGAUGUGCUUCUGCCUGGAGCCCGAUCAAGGGAGCAAAGGUGACUUCAGGGUAUCAAACCAGCUUGAAAUCCCUCCUGUGUGCUCGUGCGCAAGCCCUUCUGCCACAAUGGUGGGUCUGAAGCCCCCCGAGGUGCCCCCGACAGCCGCCAUGAAGUUUGUCAGCGCCGGGGUGGCUGGCUGCAUUGCUGACCUCUGCACCUUCCCCCUGGACACUGCCAAAGUGCGGCUGCAGAUCCAAGGCGAGGUGCGGAUCCCCCGGAGCAUCGGCACUGUGGAGUACCGCGGUGUUUUGGGGACGCUGAGCACCAUGGUGAGGAUGGAGGGACCCCGCAGCCUCUACAGCGGGCUGGUGGCCGGGCUGCAGCGGCAGAUGAGCUUCGCCUCCAUCCGCAUCGGGCUGUACGACUCGGUGAAGCAGCUCUACACCCCCAAGGGUGCCGAAAGCACAGGGCUGGCAGCGCGGGUGCUGGCGGGCUGCACCACGGGGGCAGUGGCGGUGACGUGCGCCCAGCCCACCGACGUGGUCAAGGUACGGUUCCAGGCCAACGGGGCGCAGCCGGACGGCGUCCGCCGGUACAGCGGCACCAUGGAUGCCUACCGCACCAUCGCCAGGGAGGAGGGCAUCCGUGGGCUCUGGAGAGGGACACUGCCCAACAUCGCCCGCAACGCCAUCAUCAACUGCGGGGAGCUCGUCACCUACGACCUCAUUAAGGAUGCGCUGCUGCGGGCGCACCUGAUGACAGACAAUGUCCCCUGCCACUUCGUGGCCGCCUUCGGGGCCGGCUUCUGCGCCACAGUGGUGGCGUCACCAGUGGAUGUGGUGAAGACACGGUACAUGAACGCCGGUCCCGGGCAGUACCGGAAUGUGCUCAGCUGCUUCCUGGCCCUGCUGAUGCAGGACGGCCUCGCCGGCUUCUACAAGGGGUUCAUCCCCUCCUUCCUGCGGCUCGGCUCCUGGAACGUGGUGAUGUUUGUCUCCUACGAGCAGCUGCAGCGUGUCGCGGUGCUGGCCCGGCCGGCCCAAUCCUGACCCCCAUCCCACCCCAGCCCCUCUCGCCAGCAUUGGUG